UUAAUAGGCGCGGCCAUGUUGGUCUGUAGUGAAUAAAAUCAAGAUAAUUCGUUUUUAGGGAAAUAAAAUUGACACAAUAUGCCCAAAUGCGACCUCAAAACGAGAUACAUCCCUGCGACAUUCGCCUGGACUUUACUUUUGGGCACGACGUCUCUGUUUUUUUAUUUUCCCUGCCAGUAUUAUCUCCACAAGCACCCAUGGAUUCCUGCAUACCAAGGUGUCAUAACGUUUUUUGUUUUGGCCAAUUUUACACUGGCCACUUUCAUGGACCCGGGAGUUAUACCAAAAGCUCCACCUGACGAGGACCGCGAGGAUGACUUCCGAGCGCCGCUGUACCGCAGCGUGGAGAUAAACGGCAUAACGGUGCGCAUGAAAUGGUGCGUCACGUGCAAGUUCUACCGACCGCCGCGGUGCUCCCACUGCUCCGUGUGCAACCACUGUAUAGAAACCUUCGACCACCACUGUCCGUGGGUGAACAAUUGUAUAGGACGGCGGAACUACAGGUUCUUUUUCUUCUUCCUAAUAUCGCUGUCCAUACACAUGCUUAGCAUAUUUGGUCUCAGUCUUUACUACAUCAUGAAUAACAACAAGACGCUCACACAGGUCGAGCCUAUUGUAUCUAUGGUAAUAAUGGGUAUAAUCGCACUUCUCGCGAUCCCCAUAUUCGGUCUGACGGGCUUCCACAUGGUGCUGGUGUCGCGCGGGCGCACCACCAACGAGCAGGUGACGGGCAAGUUCACGGGCGGAUACAACCCCUUCUCGAAGGGCUGCUGGUACAACUGCUGCUAUACGCAAUUUGGACCGCAGUAUCCUAGCCUGGUCCGCCCGUCGAAGUACAUCUACAAGGGCGGCAAGAAGCGUCGCGGCACGAGCGGCGCCGCCAUCUCCACGAUCGCGGACGCGCCGCACGCGCACGCGCACGCGCAGGUAAAGACCUACACCGCGGACAACGGCUCCGCGCACCGCCCGCUCGGCGCGCACGCGCACUACAACAAGCUGUCCCCUGGUCGCGAGGAGCACGAGGGUGAGCUGGAGGGCCCGGGGGCCUCCCAGUCAGCAGAUUGCGAGCCCACACCGCCGCCUCUGCAGCGUCGGGGCUCCGCCGCCAACCUAUUCCCGCCCGCCGAGCCGCACCACCACCUGCCGCCCCGACCGCACCACUACCCGAGGCUUAGUCCGCUAUCAAGGAACACGAGUCACGGCGGCACAACAACGUCAGGGUACCGGGUGGUCAUGGAACCUCUCCGGUACGACACGGGUUCGAAUGGGGGAGCUCGGCCAUCUCCGACGAUGCAGCAGAGGAUCAAAGCGUUAGGGGUUCCGACCCCUCUGGCUGUCAGCAGCCCCGUGAGGAGGUCCAACCCCGGCACGCCGACGCAGCCGCGCCGGCCCGACUUCAUCGGCGUGCGCGCCUCGCCCCAGCGCCGCUUCCUGUCCGAGGGCGAGCUGCUGCGCGACGCGGCCGGGCCCGCGCCGCCGCACGACGUGCGCGAGCUGGCCGCGUCCCCGCAGCGCGGCACGUACCUGUGGGCCGAGCGGCCGCCGCCCGCGCCGUCGCCGCACGCGCGCCGCCGCGCCGCGCCCGCCGCGCACGUCGCGCCGCCCGCCCCGCGCCCCGCGCGCCCGCUCUCCUUCAUCCGCGCGCUCGAGGUGCAGGACCAGCUGGAGCGCGCGCCGCCGCCCGACCCGCCCGACCGCGCCUCCAUCUACGACUGCAACUACGAGAUCUCGGUGUGAGCGCCGGCCGCGGCCCGCGCUGACUUUUGACUCCCUAUUUACGGAAUAGGCCAGUUUAAAACCGAUCGACCCGACUCCGGGGCCGUCCGGCGGCUCCGGCGAUUCCAAAGAUUGUCUGCCCCCUCCCUCCCCCCGCUUACGCACAAGGUUCGCCGAGGCCGCGCGAGUGCGACGGCCGUGUGACGGACCGGCGCGCGGUCGGCGUCCGAGUGAUUGUGUCGUUGUAAGUGUUUAGGUAAGAACCGUUAGGUGUAAUUAGAGUUUUAUAUUUAUGUAUAUUUGUGAGCGAUUUGUGACGUCGAGACGCUUAAUUUUUAGUCUGGAUUCGUUGUGUAAAUAGUCCCCAGUGUUGUGAUUUCGUGAUGACGUAAUUAUAUUUUAGAACCGAUGUGAGUCGAUUGAUCGAUCUGUGUAAUAUUUCAGAAGAAUAUAUCACGAUUAGAGAUUGUAAUUGACUGAAUCGUAAAUCUGCCUCAAUUUAUUUUAGAAAACUGAGAUUCAAUUUCGCGCAAAAAAUGUUUAUUAAAUCAACCCCGACUGCUAUUUUUAAAACAAUUUAUUAUAUGAAUAAAUUUGAGACUAAAUUGGCAGCAAGAAUGAACAUUUUAAAAAUAAAUUUGUGCCAAAUAUAUUGUAGACAGACAUAGAUAAGGCAGUUAUUUUAUUUCAGUUCCUAAGAAAUUAAAUUUUGUGCUCACGAUGACGCGUCAAAGGCAACGCAUAUUUAGUGUAUAGUAUUGAAAUUUGAUAAUAUAGAUUCAAUCAUUUUGAAAGUGAUCAUUCAGUUGAAGAUUAAACUGUUAUACAAUAUUUGAUAAAAUAUCUGAAUGCUUAAAUAGCCUACCUUAUGUCCUAAAUAUAACAUUUUUGGCUUUAUUUUCACAUUGAUAUUGCUAGCUAAAAAAAUAUUAAAUAAAUAUCCUUAAUGGAGUAGUUGGAUUAAAGGGUCAUUCGCAUACAUAAAAAAGAACAUUUUAAAUUUUGUUAUUAUUAAUUAAAUAAGAACAAGAAAAGAAUUAAAAUUAUUUUUUUAUAUUUUUUUUAUUAAACCAGAUAUGAUAAAUGUAACGUGAAAUUGACUCAAGAUCUCAUAGAAUUUUAUAAAUUCACGAUUCGUACUUAGAUUUCGUUUUUUAAAAAAUAUACGUUUGAAAAAUGACAUGAUAAUUUU